AUGGUCCUCCGCACGACACGGGGUCCGCAUUCUUCUCCGCAUCCCUCAGCACCUUCGUUCCGUCCUUUCCUUCCCACAACAACUCCCCUCCCUCCAUCGCCGUCCAUCAUGCCUAGCAUUCUCGCUACGAAGGACGACCCAAAGCCCAACGGCGACCCUCAAUACAUCGAGACGGUCGUGCCAGGCUUGCUUGGUGUCCAGGACGACUUGAUCGUGGCGGACGGCGAAGACGAAAUCCACCCGUUCGUCUGGCUUCUCUCGCUCGUGGCCGGCAUCUCAGGCUUCCUCUAUGGCUGGGAUACGGCGGUCGUUGGCGGCGCGCUCGGCAACAUCGGCGACGCUCUCGGACACACGCUUGAUUCGGUCGAGCAGGAGUGGGCCGUGGCAUCGCUUUCGGCGGGCGCCAUCUUGGGUACCCUCAUCGGCGGAACCUUCUCCGACAAAAUCGGUCGCAAGGCGGUUCUCGUCAUUGGCGAUGUGCUCUUCACCAUCGGCGGCAUCCUCAUCUGCGCCUCGUACUCGCUCGAGCAGUUCAUCGUCGGCCGCAUCUUGAUGGGCGGUGGAGCCGGUAUCGCCGCUGUCGUCUGCGCAGUCUAUCUCGGCGAGGUCGCGCCAGCCAACUUCCGCGGCCGCAUCGUCGCCGUGCAGAGCGUCAUGAUUACCGGCGGACAGCUCGCCGCCUACGCCGUCAGCGCUGGCCUCAACAACGUGCACAACGGCUGGCGAAUCCUUUUCGCCCUCUCGCUGCCAUUUGCGAUUGGUCAGGGUAUCGGCAUGCACUGGCUCCCCGAGACGCCUCGUUUCGCCGUCUUAUCAGGCAGGACAGCCGACGCCGAGGCGACCCUUGCGCGCAUCUACCCGAAGGCUACGCCGGAACAGCUACAGCUGAAGCUCAAGGCCAUUGCGCUUGCGACUGAUGUCUCGACGCUGCUCAAGAAGAAGCACCCUAGUCUCAUUGGACGCAUCUACGCCGUCUGCAGCACACCGCGAUACCUUCGCUGCACAGUGUGCGCUGCUGUCGUCUUCCUCGGUCAACAACUGUCCGGCUGGAACUCGUUCCUCUACUACUCGAACAAGCUCUUCGGUGCUGCCGGCUUCCACAACACUUCCGCCAUCGGUAUCCUCGUCGCCGGCAUCAACGUCAUCUUCACCAUCGUCUCGAUGUUCAGCAUGGACCGCAUUGGCCGCCGUCGCAUGUUCCUCCUCGGCGUGCCUUUGAUGACGAUCGCUCUUGCGAUUGCUGCUGUCGCCUUCCACUUCAUGACGCUCGGCACCGGCAACAAACUGCUCGACGAUGUCGACUACCCGCAGAAAUGGGUCGGCUUGAUGCUGGGCAUGAUGUGCCUCUUCAUCGUCGGCUACGCGCCCUCGCUCGGCACCAUUGCCUACACCACGAUUGAGCUCAUUCCGCUCGAGGUCCGCGGUAUCGGCUCAGCCAUCGCCGUCGCGUUCCAGUGGGGCGGCAACUUGAUCAUCAGCGCGACCUUCCUCUCGCUCCUCAACGCACUCGGCCCGGCCGGCACCUACGGUUUCUUCUCCGGUCUUUGCUUCCUCACCUUCGUCUUCAUCUUCUUCUGCUACCCCGAGUCGGCUGGCCUCACUCUCGAGGAGACGGGCACGCUCUUCGUGGACGGCUUUGGCGUGCGCAAGGCCGAUAGGAUGCGCCAAGCGAAGCGGCAGACGACCGGACGCGACCUCGAAGCUGAAGGAUCCGUUGCUGCCGACUCCAAGUUCUAA